UCCUGACAAGAGCUCUCGACCGUUACCAAGAACGGAAAGGGCAGCAUCUAUCUAUAUCCCGAUGAGCCUACGCUCCCUCUCUCUCGCCCCCUCUCCCCGUCUCCUUCUAAACCCUAUUCCUGCCCCGAGAUCUCAUUCCCUCUGUUCCUCUGGAUUCCCGCGAACCGGGUCUUCCCAGCUUGGCCGGUGGUUCAGGAGGUGUUCCUCUUCCUCCGUGUCGGGUUCAUCGUCCUCUUUGGAUCUCCCGCUCCUUCCCUUCCAGAUGAAUGAGGUUUUAAUUCCAUCAGAGAGCAAGACUUUGCAUUUAUAUGAAGCAAGGUAUUUGGCACUGUUGGAAGAGUCACUCUCUAGAAAGAAGCUGUUUGUGCACUUUGUGUUGGAUCCAGUUCGUUCCAGUAUAUCUUCAAGUGGAGCAUCCUAUGCUGCUAGAUAUGGUUGUUUGGUUGCCAUAGAGAGUUUUAUCCUCUUCCUGGAACAGGUUAAGCGUUUGGAGAUUGGGGCACUGGUUUCUAUUAGGGGCAUUAGUCGUGUUAACAUCAUAGAACUUAUGCAGAUGGAACCUUACUUGAGAGGGCUUGUUGUGCCAAUGCUGGACAAUGUUUCUGGCCAAGAAAAAGAACUUGAACAGAAACUCUUGGAACUGACUGAGUACCUUGUUAGUCUACAUAACCUGCAAAUCAAACUGAAGAUUCAGGCAUCCAAAGAAGAACUGCUGCAAACCCGUACCACGAAUUCUAUGGCAUGGGCACAAAGAGAAGGUUUUGGAGACUGUGAUCAAGCUUUCAUUCCAAAACUAGCUGAACGAAUAUCUUUUGCUGGACUACAACCAGUAUCAGGAAUGACGGGCUCAGAGUUGCUUGCUUUGCAAAAAGAGAAACUGCGUGCAAUGGACUUAAGAGAUACUUUGAAAAGAGUUGAUUAUGGUAUUCAGUUCACUAACAAAAGCAUUAGUAUGGUUGCAGCGAAGCUUGCCAUUCAAUCUUUGGAAACAUAGACAUCACCGUAGUUCCCAUACAAUUGACGGGCUGGAGUUACUGCUCUAUUGGUGCUAUUAUGUCAUACAAGUAGUGCAAGCCUUUUGAUUGGACAGAUUAUUAUCACUCAUGCUUGAACAACUGUUGAUGAAACAAAAGGAUCAGCUGGAAACUAGUCUUCUCUGAACAAAACAUGGACAUGGGCAAGAAUCAUAGGCUCUCGGUUUCAUCGGUGCACAGAAGCUAUCUUCUGAAGUUUUUGUCUGUAUAAAAUGUGACUUACGGUUGUUUUUCCUUCUAAUUAUAGAGGGGAAAAGAAUUAAAACAAGUAAAUAUGACUAGCAGUUUUCUUCUCUCUCUCUCUCUCUCUCUCUCUGGUAUGUACUAAACUUUUCAUGUGUUUCUUCUUCUCAAUUGACAGCUACAGCGUGCUCAAGGAUUGAUAUUAACCAAAUCAGAAAUUUUCAGCUAGUUUCAAGAAUGUUUCAGAGGAAAAGAGUUGUAUCUGCAGCUCAGGUGGUGAUGGUAUUUCUGACCUAAAACUUCAUCUACCCCAUUCCCAUUGCUAUGGAUCUGAACUAAAUGUAGCACUUAAUUGAAUAUGACUUUUCACUUUUCAUGUUGUCCAAUGUAUUCUCACAUGCUAUUUUUAUUCCACUGUUGAAACCUGUAGAACUGUAUAAAAUUUGUUGGCCCUUGGUUGUUCA